AUGAGCUUGAAUGGCGGGAAUGAGCGGGAAAUCAGGGGAGAGAACAACGACAUGGCGGAAAUCACCAAAGAAAUGGCGGAGGAGAGUGGGGGAAUGGCGGGGGAGAGCAGUAGAACGGGGCGACGGAGUGGGGGAAGGACAGAAGAGAACAACUUCAGCUACAAUCACACUCUCUCCAAUCAUACUCGCGCUGGCACGCGCAAACGCGCUAUUCCAGGAGACGUGCUGCUGGAGCUGGGCGAAGCGGGACCCACGGGGUUCAAGCGGCUGCUGGGCGUCGCGGGCGUGCUGCCGGAAAUUCACCGCCGCCUGCGGCGCAGCAAUGCGACCGUGCUCGCCCCGUCGGAUUCGGCACUAGCGGCCCUGCUACCGUUGGUGCUCCCCUUGGUGCUGCAGAGACUGGAGGCCUCGGCGCUACUCCCCAGGAAUCGCCAAAACAAUGCGGCAUUUGCAAGAAAACUAAGGGCGACACAACAAGGAGCGAGAAGAGGGGAGAGUUUAGAAGCGCAGCUGGGUAUUCCGAACGAGCAGCAGCUGGGUGGGUUGCGGCAGGACUCGUCCCAACAGCUAGGGUCGGCAGAGAGAUGGAAGGACUCGUCCGAACAGCUAGUGGCGCGGCGAGCAUAG